AUGCGACAAGAUUCUGGCCGUUCCAGAAACAUAGAUACCAUCUCUAUGGGGCAAAGAGUCUCACGUAGAACUGACACCCCCAGUCCCAUCUUCCCAGCUCCCCAGGACUCCUUCACAAGCCAUGGCUUCAGUUUUAGGCCCACAGACUGGUUAACAAAUGACACCCAUUUUGCCAGGGCCUAUGCCAGGAGCUUCUUCAUGCUCCAACGUCUGGGGGCAGGGUGCCUGUUUCCCAGGCGGGACCCGACCGGAAGCAAACUUUUAGGCAACGGCGUUUCCCCCGGUUCCUCUCCUGUUCCCGACCAGGGUCUUCAGACGCACACCCGAGCCCGGCCUACAGGCCCAGCCCCCCCAUUUCCGGAGUCUGCGCCCCGGACCCCGCGGGGGCCGAUCCCAGGGGAAGGCCUGGCUUCCUCUUCCUUCCGGGCCUGCCCCACCUCCGCCGCGCUCCUCAGCCGCCAGGGGCCCGGGGCCGAGGCGGGAGAAGGGCACCCACCUGGUCGGUGUCACAUGCUGCUGUCUUGGCCCCAGCGUCCCCUCCAGGUCCCGGCGCCGGCCGCAGUCCCCAGCGCCGUCCCCAGCGCAGGCCCGGCCGCCCCACCCGCGGCCCGCCCCUGGCCGCCCGACGUGAGGGAGGGAUCGGGUUCUCCUAGGAAGUUUCAGCACACAUGACAAUCAGGGAACCAUGUGGAAAUCAUCCAUGAGGUAUAAGGACACUGGGUCCCUGAAUCACCAAUUGAUGGCAUGAUGUCUGCUGGUCAGGAAAAUCUCCUCUGAACAAGGAAUGAACAUUGGUUUACUGUAAAAUUUUCAAAUAAUGUAGUAUUCUUUCCCAUGGUUCAAUCUACAUUUUGAGAGGUCUCUUCUUUAACUCUUUAAUGUGUAUUAUUUUAAACGUUUUUUCAUACUCUAGUAUUUGCCUCUAUGUAUAUUCUCACACAUACACAUAUCUAGGUAGGUUUUCAAGUGAAUGAGAAAGCACAGUAUCAAUAUAACUUUGUUUUCUCACUUAACAUUUAAUGAAAAUUUUGCUUAUGGUUAAUAUUAGUUUAUAUGUAAAUUGUAUAUUAAUAUCAAACUAUUAGAUGCUAAUAUAUUAAUAAAACGUAUUUAUAUUAA